CGGGACGCUAUGGCGAUCAUGGCAUUUUUGUGACCUGCCACUUAAAUUUCUGUUCAUGCUGCGAGCUCAAGCCAGCUGAGUGUAUAUAACCAAACUAUGCCGUCAAGGUUUUGCUGGCAAACAUGUUUGAUAAUAAAAGUUCCGGGGUGUUGAGUUAUUCGCUACAAUUAUGAAGCCGUAAAAUCAUAUGUUAAUCAACGACCGCCGGUUAGGGGCUUAGGGCUCAAACGGGUUAGGGCUAGUGGCUAGCCAGCUUCAGCCGCUUAGGGUUGCAAGUGAAUGGCUUGUAGUUGUACGUGCUGUCCGUGGAAGCGGAAGCGCUCUGGCAAGUACCACGAGGAUGCGCGAGAGCCUGUAGAAGGAUGUCCCUUUUGUGCAAUCAGUGACGGGGCAGAGCAACACAGGGUUCUAUUUCAGAACGAGCGGCUUGUCGUGAUUAGGAACAUCCGGCCCCAGGCCCUGGAGCACCUACUCGUCAUCCCGCGAGUACACCUCGCAAACACGGACUGCAUGCGACCACAAGACUUAGAACUCGCUGAGGAGAUGGAGCGGGUGGGCAGGGAGGUGCUGGGCCGGCAUGCGCCCCCCGGCAGCAGCCGUACCAAGUUCGGCUACCACGUGCCCCCCUGGAGAUCGGUGGACCACCUGCAUCUGCACUGCAUGGCGCUGCCGCAUGUGCCCUUCUGGAGCGCCCUCAAGUACUGGCAGCCGGGCGUGUGGCUCGGCUCCGAGGCGCUCAUCGGGCGUUUGAAGAGGCAGGGAGGGGUGCUGGGCGGGCAAGCCAUGUAGCAAGCCCUUGCACACGAUCCCAUCAGGAGGCAAGGAGGGCCUCCUUUCGGCAGCAGGGGAUCCAGGCGAUUGAAAAUGUAGUGGCGAGGUUAUCUAACGUGCGGAGCAUGCGUGGGAGGAAUUUGGUGGGCUGCAACGAACACAUGAACACAUCUGUGUUAUGGAUGCUGCGGAAAACCUUGCACCUUUGCUGGUUAUUGAAGCACAGUUGAGCGUCAACGAGUUUCCCUAUUGCACGUCGCAGUCUAGCUUGGCGGCCAGCAUUGACAGUCAACCAUACAUGCUUGCAAGGAAAGGGACUCGGGCCCCGAGAUUCUCGAGAUUCGCCCCCCUGCAACUAGGUAGAAGACAUGCGUUCAAUGCUCGGCUAAUACCACAAGCAUGCAGCUUGUAUGAUGAGCGACACAGGUGCACUCCUGAGUGAGGAGAUAGUGAGGUUGCAGGUUGGAAUAGCUGUUACUGGUUUUCAAGGCGGCGGGUGGACGUACGUGUAAUCCUUAGGAGAUGUGCCGAAUGCAAUUUCCUUACGACCCUUCAGCAAGGGAGCAUUACCGUAGUGAUACUAUAUUUUUGUGAUACAAUUUUGGUAGGCCGUCACCAAAGUUGUAGCACUGGUAAUUCCCCAUAGAGAAAUUUGUGGGGUCGUCACCAAUUGUACGGAGCACUGUGUAUUUUCGGCCAAGCCCGCUUGACCCUAGACCGCCACCUGGCGUGCCUGCUCGACGCUUACGGCUUCCCUAGCACACGGUUUGCACCGGAGGUUGUUGAAAUUCGACAGCAAGGGGAGGAGGAGGCACGUAUGGAC